UAAAUUUGAGCCAGUUUUAUCCAGUUUUCUUUAAAAUAUUCAUAUAUUCAGUUUUUUUUUCUCACAAAUUGACUCUUGAUUCAUAGAAUUUUCAAGCAAGCUAUGGGAUGAUGCCGAGUGCCCCAGAAUAAGAUUUUAAUCCACCGUAACCUGAACUCUUUUUAUAGCACUGGCUAUCUGGAAGACAACAGCACAACAACACAACAGCACAAGCCGGAACACAAAGACAAGCGAACGCAAAAUAGUGCAAACAAGUACAGCCGUCUCGUUUCAAAAUACUGAUGCUAGACUAUAAUUAAAGUGAGAAUUGUAAACAACAGCGUGGGGAGACUCGCUAUCUCGGCAUUUUUAUCGACUUGCAUGAUUUGCGGCCCUAAACAGAAGCAUAAGCUUAUUAUUUAUAGAACGGAAAGAAUUUAUAAUCGCAAAGGGUGUUAUUAAAACGUUAGGAAAAUGCCGCAUUGUCCAACGGUUACGACGGAAGCAGUAGCUCAACAAAAUCAACACUACAAAUAUCCUGCAGCAAACGUUAUCAGACUGCAGCGAAACUGUUACGACAGAACGUUAUUCACUUCACGACUCUAUCGAACACGCCCAUCGUCAGCUGGAACAGCCCGAUUGGGUGGUAAUGUAUUCAUCCUGGUAACGGCUGCUGCCGCGACUGCAAUGACCGUUCUUGCCGCAGAACGGAAGCUUCAAGCAACUGGUCGUGUGAUUUUUAAAUUCUAUCGCAAUGAGGCCAUCUUGGUUGGCCUCCCAGCAAGCCCGCCAGUGGACCUCAAGUGCACCCACCACGAUGAGUUCUUCUAUGCAAACCCUACCACCAGCUGUUCGUCAUAUUAUCGUUGUAUUCAACGGCAGGCGAUCCGAUACAAAUGUAACGAAAAGUCAUAUUUUGACUUUUACCAGCAAAAGUGUGUACGCAGUCAAGGAACGUGCUAUGAACCCAUUUGCACGGGAAAAUCCGACGGCUUAUACGCAGAUACUACGCAAGCCUGCAGGAGAUCAUACAUGUGCAAGAGCGGUAAGCUGAUCUCGAUGGACAACUGCCCGCAGGGUCACCUGUUCGAUGGUAGCAAAUGUGCCCCACAGCAUGAGGUCAACUGCGAAAGUCCAACAGUUUCGGCAGUAAUGAUCCCAUUCAGUGGAGAUGAUCGAUGCUAUGGGUUGCAGAACGGUAAUCACAUCAUCGAUGACGAUCAGUGCAAAAAGUUCAUGAUCUGUCAGGAUAAUAAUGUGGUUGAUGUGCUAGAAUGUCCCAUCGGGUAUGUGUAUAACGAAAUGACGCGGAGGUGUACUUUUAGUGGAGGUGUGGAGUCCUCGGGUUGUAUGAGUAACUACAUGAACGAAGAAGACGACGUUUGUUCCUGGCUACCGGAUGGAAUGCACCUGGAUCCUACAUCUAGAACCUGCAAAAGCUACAUUAAAUGUUUGGAUGGACGGAUCGUCUCCAAACAUGACUGUCCUAAGUCGACCGUGUUCAAUGGGUUCCAGUGCGUACCCGAUUUCCUAUACCACUGUCCUAGACUAGCUCUUCCGGGUGAUAUCUGCGAGAAAAAGUUGGACGGUUACUACAUCGAUCCGAGAAAAGGUUGUUCAUAUUUUGUCCGCUGCGAACAUCAACAAACUGUCGAAAAUCAUUCAUGCCCGACAGGGUUUCAGUACAAUCCAACGAAAAACCUAUGCAUUGAACGUCACCAAGGUGAAAUCUGUCACGAAUCAGGCUAUUCGAGUGACUGUGUGCAGCGUUCUGCCGGUUUCUAUCAGGACUUUUCCGAUGCUUCAAAAUGCGCUCAAUACUUUUACUGUUUCAAUGGCAACAAAACCAUGUUUCGCUGUCCUGUCGGGUUUUUGUUCGACGGCGAAAACUGCGUCAGCUCCUCUACAUAUUCUUGUCCAAGUGCAAACUCCGAUUCCUGUGCGAAUAAACCAAACGGAUACUACCGGGAUUCCACCAGCGGUUGCCGGUCAUACUUCUAUUGUUCUGAGGGCAGCAAAACCUCAUAUCUAUGCAAUCCAGGGCAGAUUUUCAGUCAAGGCCAUUGCAUAGACCGUCUCGAGGACACGUUCUGUGCGGAAGAUCUGGUAUGCUCUGGAAAAUCCGAUGGAUACUAUCACGAUCUUCAGUCAUACUGUCGCAACUAUUUUUACUGCCAGCGAGGCGAAAAACUGCAAACCCUCACCUGUCGAGGAAGUAAAAAAUUCGAUGGAAAUAGUUGUGUUUCGGAGGAUUCCUACACAUGUCCGCACGGGGAAGCUGCAGCUGAUCCACUGUUAAAUUGUAUACCUCGUACAUGUGAACCGACCUGUUCGAAAAAUGGCUUUCAGAAUGAUUACGACAGCGGCUGCGCGAAAUAUUUCUUCUGCAUCGACGGUAAGCAGACAAGUUUGUCCUGCUCAAACAACUACGUUUUCAAUGGCGAAAUAUGCGUUCCUGCUGAUACAUAUCGGUGUCCAAAGUACUGUGAUGCUACGGUUGACUGCAGUUGAAGAAACCCGCUACCUGAAUGUGUCUUACCUGAAUCCGGUCUUAGGCGGACGAAGAUAAUACCUUCAAUUGGCAACGAAUGUUUGGUGGGCGUAUCUGAGCUAGUUUAAGGUUUAUUUAUUUAUACUGCUGCAUUUAUACAUCUGAGUGGAUGCAAAAGGCAACGCAUAAAACUCGUAGACUCAUCCAUGUCAUUGUUGCUAUGGGAUUUGCCUGUCGCUCGGGUGAAACUCGUUCUGUGUUCGUAAUGACGGUUUUCACGUCAAAUGAUUGAGUGGUCGGUUGAACGCGUAAUGGAAGCGCUAAAUGUGAAGAACCUACCGAAGCUAUUUAUUUUCUUUAGAACAACACUGUACCUUCGUUCCAAAAAAGAAGAAACGCAUUUAAAAUACUCAUUUGAUAUUAUUUAGUCAUAAUUUAAUAUUAUUGUCAACUAGUUUUAAAAAAUAAAUGCAUAUCUUAUAAUAUUCA